CCCCUUCGGCCUGCCUCACCGGCUAUUUAAAGAACCGCGCUGAGCCACCUCUGCACCGUUCUCUGAUCCCGGUCAGCGGAGCUCAAGCAGUCAUGGCCAACCACAUCGUGCUCUACACCGGCGCCAAGAUGCCUAUCUUGGGGCUGGGCACCUGGAAGUCCCCUCCAGGCAAAGUGACGGAGGCUGUGAAGGUGGCGAUUGACCUUGGGUACCGUCACAUUGACUGUGCCCACGUGUACCAGAACGAGAAUGAGGUGGGUUUGGCCCUCCAGGCAAAGCUGCAGGAGAAGGUGGUGAAGCGUGAGGACCUCUUCAUCGUCAGCAAGCUGUGGUGCACGUAUCACGACAAGGACCUGGUGAAAGGUGCCUGCCAGAAGACGCUCAGCGACCUGAAGCUGGACUACCUGGACCUCUACCUCAUCCACUGGCCCACGGGCUUCAAGCCUGGGAAAGACUUCUUCCCAUUGGAUGAGGAUGGCAACGUGAUUCCCAGUGAGAAAGAUUUCGUGGAUACCUGGACGGCCAUGGAAGAGCUGGUGGACGAAGGGCUGGUGAAAGCUAUUGGAGUCUCCAACUUCAACCAUCUCCAAGUGGAGAAGAUCUUAAACAAACCUGGCUUGAAAUACAAGCCGGCGGUUAACCAGAUUGAGUGCCACCCAUACCUCACUCAGGAGAAGUUAAUCCAGUACUGCAACUCCAAAGGCAUUGUGGUGACCGCCUAUAGUCCCCUCGGCUCUCCCGACAGGCCCUGGGCCAAGCCCGAGGACCCUUCCAUACUGGAGGACCCCAGGAUCAAAGCGAUUGCAGACAAGCACAAUAAAACCACAGCCCAGGUGCUGAUCCGAUUCCCCAUGCAGAGGAACCUGAUCGUGAUCCCCAAGUCAGUGACACCUGAACGCAUUGCUGAGAACUUCCAGGUCUUUGACUUUGAACUGGACAAGGAGGAUAUGAACACCUUGCUCAGCUUCAACAGGGACUGGAGGGCCUGUGCCUUGGUGAGCUGUGCCUCCCACAGGGAUUACCCCUUUCACGAGGAGUUUUGAAGGAGUUUUGAAGCUGCAGGUGCCUGCCCUUGCCCGGGUGACCUGCCGUCUCCCACCUCACUUCUCUUACAUGUAGCGUAAUUUGGCCUGUGUCCCUCAGUGGUGGGUCAUCGAGGGCUCAGCCAGCUUGGUGUCGGGUCCAAAGAGCAGAAUCAGUAGAUUAGUAGAAAUCUUUUCAGUUUUCCUUCGCCCUUCUAGUCUCGGGAACUGGGGAACAUGCAACCCAAAUACUCUUUUCUAAAUUGAAUUUACAAAAUCAGAAUAGUGCCUCUAACGGUGGGGUUUUGAUUGCUUGGAAUUGUAAUCCUUUCAGCUAGACUUUUCUUUGCCUGAAAUAAAAAGUGCUCUUAUGAGUCUGA